ACUUAUCGGACGGUCCAGGAUCGAUGCGGUCACUAAGCUAUUUCCCAUCCUCGACAGAGCCCACGCACGGACGGUCUGGAUCAGCACACUCGGCCACGUGUACAUCGGAGAUGGGGAAGCAAAGGAAGGCGCUUUGGAGCGAAUAGUUAUGCACAUGUAUAGUUGAGAGAAGACGAAGGAAGAAUGCGAGAGAGGGAAAUUAGAAUUCAGUUGCAGAGAUUAUCAUCGAACGGCUGAGAGACUAUUAUAAGCAGUUCAUGGUGGGUCUCAUUAUGACUUUAUAUUGGUAUUCAAACUUCUGCUUCCAGGUGGUGCUCAGCAAAUGUUACUGUUACUGGAAGUCACAAAUGACUGUCAUAUUUUUAUUGUUGUCAGGAAAUUGGUAAGUUGUAACACCUGAAGCAUCAUGAGUGGUGCUCCCAAAAGAUUACAUGAGGAAGGAAGCCAUCCUACAACCUCAAAACGCCCACUUGAGAACAUUCCCAUAUUUACACAACUUGCUGGGAAAUUCACUCAGUCAGUUGCUAAUGAAUACCAUCAACCCUUUGAACAUGGGCAUGAUGGACGGUUCUCCAAAGUCCAAAGGACCGAACCCCGUGAUGUUGAUAAAAGAUCACCUCUGCUUCCUCUUUAUCGAAUGCCUUCAUCUUCUGAUUCAUAUUUAGACCAGCCAGUUACUUCUGAGAACAGGGCAGAAUUGAGAGAAUCCAAAGACAAUAGAGGUGCAAAGAUUGAGAAUAGAGACAUGAAGGCAGAGACGAGGGAACUACACACUGAAACAAGGAUGGAUUCUCAAGCUUCUAAAGGUGAGAAAGAUAUAAUACGGUCAGAGAAUAGGGGCGAUGAUAAAGAAAUAAAAUCUGAUAGAGAGUCUAACACAGAUUUUAGGGGUGAAACUAAGAUUGAAAAGGAUGGUUACACUGCAGGGAAUUCUCACUUGAACGGGAAUGAACUAAAAGAACACUAUAGAGGAAAAAGAUAUUCUGAAUCACCGAGUGAUGGUGUGGAUCCAUGGAGAUUUCCACGUAAUAAUUUACACAGUUCAAAUGAAAUUGGAAGGGAAGCUUUCGCCACUGAAGAGCGGGCAUAUUUAGAGGUACAUGAGGCUGUUGGAGAAAACAAAGUUGACUUGAAGAGUGAUGACAAAUUCAGAGAGAAGGAAAGAAAAAAGAAGGAUGAGAAACAUAGGGAUUGGGGAGAGAGGGAGAAGGAUCGGAAUGAUCGGCGAAACAAUCUGCAGCUUACGAACAGAGAACCAGAGGGAUGGGAGAGGGAGAAAAAGGAUUCUCUGAAAGACAAGGAACGACCAAAGGAGAGGGAGAAGGAUCAUGUUAAGAGAGAAACGUCGAACAUAAAUGAGAAAGAGAGUUUGCACAAUGAGAAGGAACUAGUGGAUGGAUCAGUCAAAAUUGCUGAGCAGGAAAGUCCAGCACUAGAACAGAAGAAAUUUAAAGAAUUUGAUAGCUGGAAAGCUAUUGACAGGGAUGCUAAAGACAGGAAAAAAGAGAAGGAUGUAGAUGUCGAAGGUGACCGACAUGAAAAACGUGGUAGGUGUUACGACAAGGAAUCAGAUGAUGGAUGCAUGGAAGCAGAUGGAAUUGCAGAAAGGGAUAGAGAAGGUUUUGGGUAUGGGGUUCAGCAGCGUAGGAGGAUGCUACGACCAAGGGGCAUGUCUCAAGUGGCUAACCGGGAGCCGCGUUUUCGGUCUCGCGCACGUGAUAGUGAAGGGUAUGCAUUGCUACCUGAAGUCUCCACUGUAGUUUAUAAGGCGGGGGAAUGCAUGCAAGAGCUGAUAAAAUUGUGGAAAGAAUUUGAAGCAUCCGAAGAUAACAAAAAUGGUGAAAGCUCUCACAAUGGUCCAACUUUGGAAAUCCGGGUACCUGCUGAAUAUGUUACUGCCACAAAUCGUCAAGUCAGAGGUGGCCAGCUGUGGGGAACGGAUAUAUAUACAGAUGAUUCAGAUCUUGUAGCUGUUCUCAUGCACACUGGCUAUUGCCGCCCAACGGCAUCUCCUCCUCCGCCUGCCAUCCAUGAGUUACGUGCUACCAUUCGAGUGCUUCCACCACAAGAUUGCUACACUUCAACAUUGAGAAAUAAUGUCCGUUCCCGUGCUUGGGGAGCUGCAAUUGGCUGUAGUUAUCGUGUUGAACGGUGCUGCAUAGUGAAGAAAGGAGGUGGGACUAUUGAUCUUGAGCCUUGUCUGGCACAUACGUCAGCAGUGGAGCCCACUCUUGCUCCAGUGGCUGUUGAACGCACAAUGACUACAAGAGCCGCCGCUUCGAAUGCAUUGCGGCAGCAGAGAUUUGUACGUGAAGUCACCAUACAAUACAACCUAUGCAAUGAGCCAUGGGUUAAAUAUAGUUUAAGCAUAGUUGCUGAUAAGGGACUGAAGAAACCCCUUUACACGUCUGCUCGCUUGAAGAAGGGGGAAGUUCUGUACUUAGAAACACAUUCAAAUAGGUAUGAGCUCUGUUUUAAUGGAGAGAAGGCUGUAAGCAAUGGCACAAUGGCUCACGCAGCAGAAUCAGAGUCAGAAAAGCUUCAAAAUCAUAGUUCACAUGCUACCCAAAUAGGUGAUAGAAAUCAAACAGAUUGGGAGAACCUCAUCGACGUUUUCCGAUGGUCCCGUUGUAAGAAGCCCCUUCCCCAGAAAGUCAUGCAUUCCAUCGGAAUCCCAUUGCCUGUCGAACAUUUAGAGGUAUUGGAGGAGAAUCUUUACUGGGAAGAUGUCCAGUGGUCGCAAACUGGUGUUUGGAUUGCCGGAAAAGAGUAUGCGCUGGCACGGGUUCAUUUUCUCUCUCCAAGUUAGUGUUUUUCUAAAAUUCUUAUAGAGCAUUUCUAUUUCUAUUUUCUAUUUUUAUGUUUGUAAAAUUAUGUAUCAGAAAUUUAGCCAAUAUAUGUAAAAUCAUGUAUACGUGGUUUGUUUAGUGCUUAAGGUGUAAUUUUAUCCAUCCGAUUUUACCUCCA